AAUUCCCUGCUCGUCGCAGCCCCUCACCGAUCAGCCCUCUCUCUCUCUCUCUCUCUCUCUCUCUCUCAUUUUCAUACUGCUCUUCAAACUCCUUGAGUACUAUACCGGCCAACAUGGACUUACAUGGGCUUAAAGCACAGCACAAUAACUUGAUCCAAUCCAUGUUUUACGAGGGUAUGUUGGACAGCCAGUUUGCUCAAAUUCAAGUUCUGCAAGAUGCAAGCAAUCCCAAUUUUGUCGCAGAAGUGAUCAUGAUAUUUUGUAAAGACGCGGAAAGGAUCAUAUUGGAAAUGAACAAUUAUCUGGCUCAGCAAGAUGUGGAUUUUAGCAAGCUAAAUAGUUUUGUGCAUCAACUAAAAGGAAGUAGCUCAAGCAUUGGUGCGCAGCACUUGAAACUGGCUUGUAAUGAUCUACAUCAAGCUUCUGAGGACAAAAACAAAGAAAGGUGCCAACAAGCCUUAAAUAGAAUCGCACACAAAUAUUGUCUUCUGCGAAGCAAAUUUCAAACCCUAAUACAGCUGGAGAAGACGAUCUCUGCCAUUGCGACCAACCGGCAAUUACUGGAUAGCAAGUAUGUUGAUGGGUCAGCAUGACGUUUCUGAGUAUUAAUGGUUAUCAUCAUCGAUCUUUUAUGUGUGAAGAAGUGUAUGGUUCUUACAUUCUUGACUUCUUUUCACAGCAAGUGCCUAGGAAGUAGAUGAACCCUCCUCUCCAUUUUGUUUACAGUAUCUUUGAACGUCAGAAGUACAAAACUAGAGAAUAUUUGUUAAUAAAAACAUGUUCAAUGCA